AUCAGAAACAUAUUUAAAGCCGCCAUAGCUGUGGAUUUUACCUGUCAAGAUCAUCAAUCAUGGAACUAGCAGCCAGCGAUACUAUUCCGACUGAUACUGUUGAACCAGUUCCAGUGCAGAAAGCGGCCAUAAGCCCAGAUGAUACCAAAGUACAACCUCCACGAUAUGAGGAACACAAAAAAGAAGCACCUGCUCCAUUUCAACCUCAGAGGGUGGAACUGACCCGGCUCGGUGAAAUGCCAGGCUUCAUCAACUGUCCAACUUGUAAGCAUGAUGGACUGACAAGAGUGAGCAAGGAAAGCUCAUCUUCCACAAAGAUUACAGCUUGUUUAUGCUGUCUCUUCGGCGGGGUGAUCUGUGUCUUUCUUCCCUUCUGCAUGCAACUGUGCUAUGAAAACUACCAUUACUGCUCAUACUGUGGGCAGAUGGUGGCUAUCGUGAAGCAUAAUGGUGAGGUGCAGGUAAUCCCUCCUACAAUGCACACACAUCUGGGACUGGGCUGGUUCAGCCACCGCGGGCAGCUGCAAUUCGGUAUAGUAAAUAGGCAUAGUUACUUGCUUGUAUUUAUUUAGUAAUAUAAUUAAUUUUAUAUACAGUUCCUAAGAUUAAUUUAGGGAUUAGAGAUUAAGGAUAUUUGGCCAA